UGCCCAUUUUUAGAGAUGCAUUUUUUUCUCGUCGCUGUUCGGCCGUCCGUCUGUGUGCUUGUGCGUCGCUGCGUGUCAAUGCGUAUUUUGUACGUUUAUAGCAAGUGAGAAGUGAGUCAAAUGACCCGUUUGGUGCAGUGUCGUGCAUAAAAUGACGUAAAGUGUUUCUAAGACGCUAAUUUUUUUUUUUUUUAAUUUUUGUUUAAUUUUGAAUUCCGUUACUAAUCAAAAUCCGUUGAAAAUGCUCAGGCAAAACUAUUGCUGGCACUUUAAAAUACUAUCGGAAGCGGUGUAAAUGAGUGUUCGACGAAGCUGACACCAUUGCUCCGCCACCGUUUGACAAUAAAUAUUUGCCAGACCACAGCCCCAGUUACCAUUGAGAAAUCACUGCAGUGUGGUGCUCGUAUACACUAUAUUCACUAUUGUGCAUUAGAAUUAAGACCAAAAUGAAUGAAAGACUAAUGAUGAUGAUGUUGACAAUUGCCUUGUUGACACUUGGCUUUUGUUAUGCAGAUGAAAUACAACAGCAAUUAAUUAAGCAGAAUCCUUGCGUUCUUAAACAAACUUGUCAUGAAUGUAUACAAACUCCAUCAUGCGCUUGGUGUGCACAACCGAAAUUUGAUGGAAAACGAUGUUUUCAAUCAAAUAUUAACUCUAACAUGGUACAAUGUAAUGAACGCUAUAUUAAUAAUCCAAAAAAUGAGUACAAAAUACUGGAUGCCCGUCAACUUCAAAAAGCCAGGAAAAAUACACAUUCUUAUACUUCUAGUAGUAGUAGUAGUAGUAGUAGUUCCAGCAGCUUUUCUACUUCAGCUUUUAAAGGAUCAGCAUCGAGUUCUACACACGAUGCUGUACAAAUUUCCCCUCAAGAUGUAUCUCUUAAGCUUAGAAUAAAUGAAGCCUAUAGAAUGUCUGUGAAUUAUGCACAAGCUGAAGAUUAUCCUGUAGAUUUAUAUUAUUUGAUGGAUUUAUCUAACUCAAUGGAAGAUGAUAAAGAAAAAUUAUCUGCUCUUGGAAAUUUAUUAGCUGAAAGCAUGCGGAAUAUUACGUCAAAUUUUCGUCUUGGAUUUGGUAGCUUUGUUGAUAAAGUUGUCAUGCCAUAUGUCAAUACGAUGCCAAAAAACUUGCUGAAGCCAUGUCCUCGUUGUGAAGCUCCUCCAUACGGAUAUCAAAAUGUCAUGUCUCUCAGUCAAAAUACUGCUGAAUUUGCCGGUAAAGUCGAAAGAGCUAAAGUUUCAGGUAAUUUAGAUGCACCAGAAGGUGGUUUCGAUGCUAUCAUGCAAGCUAUUGUCUGUCGAGAACAAAUUGGUUGGAGGGAGCGCGCCAGACGUUUAUUGUUAUUCUCAACCGAUGCUGGAUUUCAUUAUGCUGGUGAUGGAAAGCUUGGUGGCAUUAUCAAGCCAAAUGAUGGUGCUUGUCAUCUCGAUGAUAAAGGUAGUUACACACAUUCAUCUUUACAAGAUUAUCCAUCUAUAUCACAGAUAAAUUUAAAAGUAAGACAAAAUUCAAUCAAUAUGAUCUUUGCUGUAACGCGUGAACAAAUACACGUUUAUGAACGUUUAAUGCAACAUAUUGAAGGAGCUUCAUCUGGUAUUCUAUCUGAAAAUUCUGAAAACGUUGUUGAUUUAGUUAAAGAUCAGUACAGUAAAAUAUCAUCUUCUGUAGAAAUGCGAGAUACGGCAACUAGUGCUAUAAAAGUCACAUAUUAUUCAAGCUGUCUUGAUAAAGAUGGCGUGUUAAAACAGACAAAUAAAUGUGAUGGACUUAAAGUUGGUACAGUAGUCAAUUUUCAAGCUGAAAUCGAAGUAACAUCAUGUCCACCAAAUCGCAAAGAUUGGAAACAGUCUUUUCAAAUUUACCCUGUUGGCAUUAAUGAAUCAUUAACUGUAUCAUUAGAUAUACAAUGUGAUUGCGAAUGUGAGAAUGUUGGUCAUCCUGAUUAUGUUGAGAAAUCACCUGAUUGUCGUGGAGCUGGUACAUUAAAGUGUGGUGUUUGUGAAUGUGAUUCCAUGCACUUUGGUCGUAUGUGUGAAUGUGAUGCUAACAACAACCGUCAUGCUAAUGAUACAUACAUGGUAUCGGGAUGUCGGCUGAACAAUGACUCGGAAAUAAAUUGUUCAGGUCGUGGAGAAUGUAACUGUGGCCAAUGUGAUUGUCAAGCUAGAUCUAAUCCAGAAGAGAAAGUUUAUGGUACAUACUGUGAAUGUGAUAAUUUCUCCUGUGACCGAUCUGGUGGUGCUUUAUGUGGUGGUUAUGGUACAUGUGACUGUGGUGUAUGCAAGUGUUUCCCAGGAUGGACUGGUGAAUCAUGUGAUUGUCGUGCUACAAACGAAACAUGCAUUAUGGAUGGUAGUGAUGAAAUAUGUUCUGGUCGUGGAAAUUGUGAAUGUGGUCAAUGUAAAUGCUCUGAAGAAAACGGUAUAAGAUAUUCAGGAAAAUACUGUCAAAAAUGUCCAACUUGUCCAGGUAGAUGUCAAGAAUUUAAAGAUUGUAUUCAAUGUCUUGUUUAUAAGACUGGGCCUUUAUCCCCUGAAGAAUGUGAAAAAACUUGCACAAUUAAACCAAUUAUAGUAAAAGUAGCUGAAGCUAACGAAGACAAAGAUGAAAAUAUGUGUUCAUAUUAUGAUCAAGACGAUUGUCGUUUUGCAUAUGUCUACACAUAUGAUCAAAGUGGAAAGAUAGUAAUUCGAGCACAAGAAGAACGUGAAUGCCCUCCUCAAGUUUACUUUAUGGGUAUUAUAUUGGGUGUGAUUGGAGCUAUAGUAUUAAUUGGAAUGGCUCUUUUGCUCCUGUGGAAACUAUUAACAACAAUUAAUGAUAGAAGAGAAUUUGCUAAGUUUGAAAAAGAACGUAUGAUUGCCAAAUGGGAUACAGCUGAAAAUCCAAUCUACAGACAAGCUACAUCAACAUUUAAAAAUCCUACAUAUAUGGGCAGAUCUUAAUAUCCAAAUGUGUUCAAAACUACAUGUUGUAUACUAACAAAAUCUUAAACACAUAUUGUUUGUCACUCGUUUUUAGAGCUUUUGUGAGAAAUUAGAACACGUGCCAUAGAUGUGUAAA